AGUGGAGGACCGUGUAGCGGAAGUCUGUACAUGACCGUCAACACGAACAGGAGAGGACUUUGCAGUUUCUCUUUAUUAGUACAGCAAGACCCUUGUUAAAUUUUUACCUUCAUCAUGUGGUAUGAAAUCCUGCCUGGAUUUGCUGUAAUGACGGUUUGUUUGAUUAUUCCUGGAGUGGCCACUACCUACAUACAGAAAUUUACUAAUGGUGGAAAGGAGAAAAGAAUUGCAAGAGUUCCUUACCAGUGGUACUUGAUGGAGAGAGACAAGCGGGUGUCAGGGACCGGACUAUAUUACCAGUCAAAAGGACUUGAAAACAUUAAAUGAAGAUCAUGCCAUGCCCCUGCCCAAAAGUUUUGCAACAUGCAUUUUGACCAGCCAUCUAUUAAAAUAAUUUAUAUAUACUA